AUGAACUCUCGGUCAAAAUUGUUGCUUCAAUUGGCUGGUGUAUCAAAUAAUACACCUGACAAUAAAAAUGUAAUAAGUAAACAAAAUACUUCUGAAAAACCUAUACAAGAGUCUUCAAAAAUGAAUGUAUCAAGUGGAUCGUCAUCAUCAUCGUCAAGUAGUGACUCGAGUUCUGAUUCUUCGUCAUCAUCUUCCUCUGAAGACUUUGAUGAUAUUUUUGGUGAUAAAAAUUAUGUACCUUUUAAAGAAAAUAAUAUUUUACAUAGCACUAGUGAAGAUGAAUUAAACAUUGAAAACAAUGAUAACAGAGCAUCUGUUUCUAUUGAGAACUCAACCAAUGAGGUAAGUUUAAGUGGGAUAAAUACUUUGGUGCUAACUAGUCCAUUGAAAAAAGGUAGAAAACGUCAGAGAAAUGAAGAUAAAUGGAAGAGAAACAUAAAUAAAAAGUUGAGAAAUAAAGGACAGUUAUAUGAAUCACAUUGUGCAAGCAAAAAGAUGAGAAAAGAAAGACAGAUGAAAUCUCCAUGUAAAGAAACUUGCAAGCUUAAAUGUUCAUCCAAGUUCAAUGAUGAAAAUAGAAAAGAAUUGUUUUCAGGAUUUUGGGAGUUGGGUGAUAUUGAAAGACAGAGACAAUUUAUUUCAAAUAGUAUGCAGACCAUUCAACCCAAGUAUCGUUAUAUUCGCCAAGGUGGUACUAGAAGCCCAAGAAAUAAUAAUAAUGCAUUUUAUUUCACUUUAAAAGAACAGAAAGUAAGAGUAUGUAAAUUAUUUUUCAAGAAUACGUUGGAUAUCAAUGAUCGACCUAUUCGUACUGUACUAGAAAAACAAAAUAAAAUAGUUAAUACUCUAUUAGAAGGAGAUAGAAGGGGAAAACAUGGCAAACAUGUUAAAUUAGACGAUUCCAUAAGGGAUGGUAUCAUAAAACAUAUUUCUUCAAUUCCGAAAAUUGAAAGUCACUAUGCAAGAGCCGACACUUCAAAACAUUUCAUCGAUGGGAGUAGGUCUAUUUCUGACAUUCACAGGGAUUAUGUGGCUGAUUGUAAGGAAAAAAAUGUUCCAUUUGGCAACUAUGUAUUGUUUUAUCGUAUUUUCACCCAAGAAUUUAAUAUUUCAUUUUUUCAACCAAAGAAAGACUUGUGUGAUACAUGUGUGGCUUAUGACAAUGCAAUAGGUGAAGAAAAAAAUAAGUUAAAAAAUAAUUAUGAAGAACACUUGGUGGAAAAAGAUUUGUCAAGAAGUGAGAAACAACUUGAUAAAGAAAAAUCAAAUUUAAUUUUAGCUGUUUAUGAUUUACAAGCUGUGAUGCCACUGCCAAAAGGAGAUGUUUCUACAUUUUAUUACAGGUCAAAGUUAAAUGUUCUUAAUUUCACUAUUUAUGACAUGCAGAAAAAUAUUGCUGAUUGCUUUGUAUGGGAUGAAUCAAAUGGUCACAGAGGUGUGAAUGAGUUAGGAACUUGUAUAUGGAAAUAUUUGGAAAUGAAGUCUGAUAAAAAUGAAGGGGAUGUAAUUUUCUAUUCUGAUAACUGUCCCGGGCAAAAUAAAAAUAAAUUUAUACUUGCAUUAUACAUUUAUGCAGUUCGCCAAUUCAAAAAUAUAAAAACCAUCACACACAAAUACCUUAUAAAAGGCCACACUCAAAAUGAAGGUGAUUCAGUUCACUCCUUAAUAGAGAGACAAUGUAAAAAACAGUUAAAAAGUGGGCCUAUUUACACUCCAGAAGCCUUUGUCUCAAUAAUUCGUACUGCUAAAAAAACUGGAGAGCCGUAUCGCGUUCAUGAAUUAUGCUAUGAAGAUUUUUACGAUAUAAAAAGUCUGUGUACUCAAAUUGGUGUAAAUAUUACAGUUAACACAGAAAAUGAAGCUGUGAAGUUUACGAAUAUUAAAAUUAUGAAAGUGGAGAAAAAAUCACCAUCAUCCAUUUUUUAUAAAACAUCAUACUCUCAAGCAGAAUUCAAAGAAGCUAUUGUGAUCAGAAGAAAAAAAACUGUAGCUGUUGAGUUAAAAAAAGAAUUUUCUGCAAAACCAGGGAUCUCAGAAAAGAAAAAAGAAGACUUAUUAUACUUAGUUAAGAAAAAUUGUAUACCAAACUUUUAUAAACCAUAUUAUGAACAAUUGUAA